CAUUUUCUACGUCAAAUGUCAAAAUACUGUGAUGGAUCUGUGAAUUGUUUGUUUGUAAGAAAAACUCGUUAGAAAGUAUUUCCCAGCCACUAAAAUCCAGGAUUAUAUGCAAAUAUCAUACAAUAGUGAUAUCUUUAUUAGUCCAUAUCAAAAGUUUUUCAUGCCUCUGUGGCAUUAUUCAUCUAAGUGGUUAGCCUUGAAGUAGAUGUCACCUAUUAACUUAUAUGAGUGUUGUUUAUUCUACAUUUUAGCUAUAUUAGUCGCAAAUUUAAGAUUAUAUGGCUUUGAUAUUUGACUUAUGUCUUACGGCGAUCCGGAAGAGGCAUGUUUUAUCUAAGUGUGCGGGAGAAAGGUGCUGGUUUAGUUGUGAUCAGCUGGAUUUGCCUGGCUGUACUGUGCGCCGCAUCUACGGCGCCUUGUGACAAGACUCGGAGGGUGUUCACGGAUCAAAGCGGCAUUAUCACCGAUGGACCAACUAACUCUAACUACACACAAGACUCCCAUUGUGAGUGGCUCAUCAAAGCAGCUAAUAAAAGCCAGUACAUUACGUUAAGUUUUAUUCGUAUGGGUACAGAAUGUUCCUAUGACUAUGUGUUUGUUUAUGAUGGAGACUCAUUUGAUGCACCAUUGCUCGGAAGUUUCAGUGGGAAAACUGAACCACAAAAUGUUACCGCCUCUAGUGGAUAUAUGUUAAUAUUACUGUAUAGUGAUACUAAUUAUGUGUUGGAUGGUUUCCGAGCCACAUAUGCCAUACACAACUGUCCCAACAACUGCACGGGCCGGGGUCUGUGUGUGUCCAACAAGUGUUUCUGUGUGGGUAACUGGGGCGGGCCUGACUGCAGUGUGGAACUAUGCCCCAAUGGAUGCUCAAGCAAUGGCCAUUGUAAGGGAGAUAGGUGUGCAUGUAAGAAAGGGUAUUCUGGUGAAUCAUGUUCUCUCAAGAAGAAUGACAAGGAAGGCAAUAGUUGGCACUGGUUGUCACAUACAGAAAGUGGAAUGACCAAAAGAGCGGCCCAUACUGCAGUCUAUGUCAACCACACAGACUCUCUUUAUGUUUUUGGAGGUUAUGAUCUGAACAAAGUUCUUGGUUUAUUGGAGGUUUACAGGUUCUCAACUAGUCAGUGGUAUGAUGAAAAUGGAAAAGUAUUACGCAGAUAUCCUACAAAUGAGGAAAUUGAUAAAUCUUUGUUGACUUUAUUUACUAAGGGUAAUGUUGAUGGCAGCUGGCAAAUAGGCAACAGGAGCUCUUUGUUUAAUUUACUUCUAUCUUCAUUCUCUAACCAUGAUAAGACAACUCUACCGCUCAUGUACUCUCAUGCACCAACACCAUACUCUGAGAGCUAUUUACAUUUUACUGAGCAACCAGAGGUAGUAAGUAAUGUCAUGAAGGAUAACACUACCAAACCUGAGCCAAGGUAUGGGCAUUCUGCCUGCGCAUUUGGUCCUGGUUUCGUGCUAUAUGGGGGUAAGCUCUCUGAUGGAAGCUUGUCCUCUGAACUAUGGAUGUAUGACGUCACAUUAAACCUUUGGACUCUGCGCGCUGUGAACGCCACCUUCACCCCACCGGGGCUGACUCGACACACACUAACCGCCGUCAAAGAUGAAUUAUACCUCUUUGGUGGCAGUACGAUGGAUGGAGAGUUCUCCUCAAGUAUGUACAAAAUAAAACUUGAUGACGUAAACACGGAGACUUGGGAAAGAAUACAAGUGAGAGGUGGUAAGGAAUUGGAUGUUCGAGUGGUCGCCCAUACUGCUGUGUAUCAUACGCAUUCUAAUUCGAUAUUGGUGUACGGAGGCGUGGUUGCCAGUGUUGCGCGGUUUUCAAAGCUCUCUGAUCGGAUGUUCGCUUUCGACAUAGAUUAUAAACAUUGGAGUGAAAUACAUUAUCCUCGCGCUCAUUUACGAGACACGUAUGUUCCACGAGAGAGGGCGUUUCAUACGUCAACUAUUAUUGGAAAUUAUCUAGUGGUAUUUGGUGGUUAUUCUCACCGUCACAAUAGAGAAGAGAUCUGUUAUGAUGGUCAAAUGUACAUCUACCACUUGGGCUGUCACUCUUGGAUUCCAUUGGACGUGUUGGGCAAAGUGCGUCGGUUCUAUCCGAAGAAGCAAGGCGUGUUUGCGCACGCGGCGGCACUGAGACCACCAUCUACUUUGUUAAUUGCUGGUGGUUACCAUGGGAACGUUAACGGAGAUUUAUUAGCCUAUGUAGUACCGAGUUGGCAGGCGGGCAUUACCAAUAGCGACCCAGAGUCGGCCUGUCGACGUCAUCGAUCUCAACCAGAAUGCUUAGCGGACCCUGAGUGUGGAUGGUGCUCGGCUGACGACACAUGCUAUGGUAGAAGAAUAGGAGCUAACUGUACUACAAACCUGCAGUCUAUCCGAUGUGGCGGUAUAUGUCCCGCGCUGGGCGACUGUCACUCUUGUCUCAUCCACGGGCCGUCGCCCGGGGCCAACAGUAGUCGCACGCCUCUACCUUCCGUCAGUACUAAGCUGGGACUCGAUCAGUGUAACUGGUGUGUUCAGAAUGCUCGGUGUCAUCAUAAAGAUGAUAACUAUGGUGUGUGCGGAGAAGAUACACCAUCAGAAAACCCUGGCUGGUGGGGCACUACGGGCACUGAAGUCACAACGCCAGACGAAUGUAAAAUACUAGACAAGCGACCCGGCCUCACCUUCCUCAGAUACCAACAACCAGCUGAUUGGAACCAUCCAGAUGGUGUAUCUGUGGUUAACGCCACUAUUGUUGACUGGAGUACUGGUGGCGGCAGUAACCAGAUAUUCAGUGGAUCUAGCGAGGCGAGGCUCAGGGGCUGGCUACAUAUACCGCAGUAUUGGAAUGGGACUGGCGAAACAUUGCACAUUUGUGCAGGAUAUUCCAAUAUAUCUCUUGCACUGGGUGACGUCACAGAUCCAGUAGCCAACUUAACAGCACAGCCAUCAGCUUGUUCUCUAGUAGACUGGCCCGCGCUGUUCCCAGGUCGCCUCGCAGUCGACAUGCACGCCAAUGACUCUUUACAUACUGGGUUAUAUCCUUCACAUCAUCGUGCUAAAAUGGAACUACUUCACAAUAAAUCUCAGGAAAGUGCAAAGGUGUUUACAUUUGAGUUCCUGGAGCCGUACUCCGACGGUCAGUGCAACUACGACAACUGCCUGCUGUGCCUGUCGGACGCGGCGUGCGGCUGGUGCGAGCUCAGCGGGCGCUGCGAGGCGCGCCACGUGGACGAGCGCGUCGUCUGCAGCGCCGGCGGCCAGUGGCGCUACCUCACGCUGCAGCCCGCCGCCUGCCCCAACUGCUCCAACUACAUCAGCUGCGAGCGCUGCGUGGGCGGCAACUACUGCGAGUGGUGGGCCGACGAGGCCCGCUGCGCGCGCCGCGGCCGCGCCGCCGGGGCCAUCUCGUCGCGCGACGCCUGCCCCGCGCCCUGCCGCCUGCGGGCCGACUGCGAGCACUGCCUCGACGAGCGCGGCCGCUGCGUCUGGUGCGAGGCCACGCGACAGUGCUUCAGCUUCAGCGUCUACACCAGCGAGUACCAGUUCGGCCUGUGUCGCGAGUGGCUGGACCGCGCGUCCUCGCCGCCCGACGACGCGGCGCGCAAGGCCGGCCAGUGCAAGUCGUGCCGGCGCCACGCGCAGUGCGCGGCCUGCCUGCGCAGCAUGGGCUGCGGCUGGUGCUACUCGCACGACAACCCCAUCAACGGCGCCUGCACCGAGGGCGACUUCACGCGCUCGCACGCAGACUGCGCCGCCGUGCUCAACGUCACCACCAGCGACGCGGGCUGGGCCUACGCGCAGUGCCCCGACGUGGACGAGUGCGGCCUGGGGCUGCACGACUGCCACGAGCACGCCAUCUGUAACAACACCCACGGCUCCUACACGUGUAAAUGUAAGCAGGGAUACAUUGGCGACGGCAAGAAGAGUUGUAUGCGCACCUGUUACAAUAACUGUAUCCAUGGCUAUUGUCUCGGAUCUCCUCAAUACAAGUGUAACUGUGAUUUGGGCUGGACGGGAGCAGACUGUUCGAUAAACUGUGGCUGUCAUAAUCACUCGACGUGUAGGCUGGGCGUGGGGCGCUGUGAUGAGUGUCAGGACUGGACGGAGGGAGAGUUCUGUGAGUCUUGUAAGCCGGGCAGUCACGGCAAUGCUACGACGGGGCAAGGGUGUCGCAGGUGUGACUGUAAUGACCAUGGUGAUGAGACACGCGGCGUCUGUGACGUUGCUACUGGAGAGUGUAUUUGCAAAGAUAACACCGAAGGCUUGAAUUGUGAACGUUGUAAACCUAAGUUUUAUGGCGAUCCCAGGCAUGGUGGCAAAUGUUACUACCAAUGUGAACCUAGAGGCAUGUUAAAUGCAACACAAACUGAAGGAAUUGGCUCCUACAAAACAGACCCUGAUAUAAAAACAAUUGGACCUUCGAAGGAGUGUUUAUGGAUAAUAUCUGCUGACGAUAUCAAGGACGCAAUCAUUCAGUUCACUAUAAAUUCCUCUACUUUCGAUGUUCCCUGUGAUGAGAAUGCUGUGUACGUUUACGACGGUCUGGGUGGCGUACCUGACUUGAGCAAUAAUCAACAGAGUCAGUUGCUCGGAGUAUUCUGCAAUGGUGCUUCAUCAGGAGUGAUAGAGGCUCGCAGUGGUAACCUGACGGUCCACUACAAACAAGGGCAGCCGGAGCAAGGCUUCGAGGGCAGCUACAAGGUGUUGGCUUGCGACGGCCACUGCUCGUGGCCCAGGGAGUGCACCAAGCGGCACUGCGCGUGUCGCGAGGGGUACGGCGGGCCCCACUGUGACUACGAGAUCUGUCGCAACAACUGCAGCGUGGCGGCCGGCGCCGGGCUCUGUGACGCUAGCUACGGGAGAUGUCUAUGUAAUGAAGGUUUCGGAGGCGAUGACUGCUCCAUCAGACUCGAUAAAACACAGCUUGUGUUCACUGAGCUAUUUAACUCCGAAUAUUUAUCUGAAGGUUUAGAUCACUUGAGGAAAACACUCCCUAGAUUUGGCCAUAGUUUAGUUGCCGAUAGACGCGGGCUUUGGAUGUUCGGCGGCUACUCUCUUUCACACGGUCCAUUAAACGACAUCAGAUUCUUCGAUACGAAAAACAACACCUGGAUGCAAGUUACUGUGGAAGCUACGCCAGACGCUAAGAUGCCAGAAGGUCGAUAUUUUCAUGCAGCUGAGAUUUAUCACUCGAAACAAAAUAUUUAUAUUUAUGGAGGUUUGAGUUUGCAAGAGAAGAGCGGACAGAACAAGACGCUCGGAGACUUUUGGCAGUUUAGCUUGAAAGACCAGAGGUGGAGCAACAUUCGGGGCAAGGAUAAAGACAAAGACGGACAGCCACCUGCACUGGCCGGGCAUACGCUAACUCUACAGAAGUAUUUAGACUAUGAAAGUUUGGUUUUGAUUGGCGGAUUUUCUCUCGAAGAAGGUUUCAUGUUUGAUGUAUGGGAAUUUGAUCUGGACAAUGAGAAAUGGAUUAAAUUGAAGGAUGGAGGUGCGAAACCUUCAGGAAUAAUUGGCCAUAGCACUAUUUACCAUGCGCCAUCCCAGAGUCUGUAUGUGUACGGUGGGAUCUUAUACUCAUACAACGGCACUAUGUUAUCUAACAAGCUGUUUUCGUUCCACUACCCUACAAAGCAGUGGAGUGAACUGCCAACAUUCCCGAUAUUGAACAACUAUUACGACAACUUGCCACAAGCCACAUACUUGCACUCGGCAGUCACUACCAAUGAUUACAUGAUUAUUUUCGGAGGAAGGACUGAUCCAGAAAAUAGAUCUGACUCUCUUAUAGCGUACAUCUACAGCUGCAACCAAUGGGUUCGACUUGUUAAAGGUGUAAGUAUCGUCGGUCACCCGCCUCCGCCCACGAUUGCCCACGCCAUGGCAAUAGACAUAGACACAGAAAACGAAGGCUACAUCUAUAUCAUAGGCGGUUGGACGGGUAGCGCUCACUGUCAAGUUACCCGCAUCUCUUUGCCUGAAGACCUGUGUUCGCUAUGGAGUUCCAACAAGUUCGAGUGUCGCAGUCAUAUGGGGUGUAGUUUCUGUAGUACUGGGAAUUAUACGAAGUGUUUCUCGGUGGAUAAGCCUGGCUGUGAGGGCAGUGACAGUGUGGCGGUGAACCCGGGCGCCGCGUGUGACUCGGAGCUGGUGGCCACGCGCGCCUGCGAGAACUUCACGACUUGUACGUCGUGUCUGGCGGCCUGGCCCAUGUACCCGGAGGACAAGCCCGCCUGUCGCUGGUGCGAGUCAUGCGCUGCAGCUGUCGGUGAAUGUGUGCCCACGGACGAAUCCUGUACCAGUAUGAAAUGUAACGCUGGCACUACCUACAUCAGUGACGUGGGUAACUGUCCCGAACUCAGAUGUGCAUCAUCUGACUGUGAAAAAUGUGUUUCUAAAGAAUGCACUUGGACUAGACAUGCUGUGAGAGAAGGUCAAUUAACAAGAAUAGCAGAUGAAUCCAUGGAACUGUUCAACUGGACGUGUGCGUCUAUAGAGGAGCCAGGUCGCACCAGUCUACGAGCGACCAAGAGCGAGGAGUGUCCGAGCCGGUGCACCAUGUUCGACGACUGCCAGUCGUGCCUGAGCACGGACGGCGGCGAGGGAGGGUUCGCGGAGUGUCGCUGGGCGACGUACCUGGGCAAGUGCAUCUCGCCGGCCUACCAGCCCGUGUACUGCGCGGGCGGCGUCUGCGGCCUGGUGCUGGCGCGCGGCGGCCGCAGCAAGUGCCCGGCGCCCUGCGCCACCUUCGAGCAGUGCGCCGACUGCCUGCACCACUCGCACUGCGGCUGGUGCGCGCUGGCCGGCGCCAACGGCCGCGGCGUCUGCUCCGAGGGCUCCAUCGACUCGCCGCUCGACUACUCCACGCGCACCACCUGCGCCGCCGUCUACUCCGCCGCCAACCACGACGACUACUCCAACGACACCUUCUCGUGGCACUACACGCGCUGCCCGCCCGAGAACGAAUGCGAGAAUAACCACCACCAGUGCAAAGCAGAAUCUGAGGUUUGUCGUGAUUUACCCGAGGGCUACGAGUGCGCUUGCGGCGCGGGCCACAAGCGCGCGGCGGGCGGUGCGGGCGGGGCGGGCGCCGCAAGCGCACGGUUGUCAUGUACGGGCUGCGUGGCCGUGUGCUCGCAGGGCUGCGUGCGCGGCGCCUGCGUGCAGCCCGACGUGUGUCGCUGUGAGUUCGGGUACGUGGGCGCCAACUGUACCAUACAGUGCCAGUGUAACGGACACUCCGACUGCGAGGGACCCGACAAACUCGACAAGUGUAUCGAGUGCCAUAACAACACCAUGGGUGAUCAAUGUGAAAAAUGUAAGCCAAACUUCGUGGGCGACCCAGUGAACAACGUACAGUGCGUGCCGUGCUCUACGUACUGUCACGGCCACACGUCUAUAUGUACGAGCGAGGUGGACGUGACACCGGUCCGCGAGCUGGGCGGGCCGGCCGAGCCGGACGACUACCGGGACGGCAGCGCCAAGGCACGCUGUGUACGCUGUGCCAACAAUACAGACGGGCCUCGCUGUGAGAGGUGUAUUGAAGGAUACUUCAGGGGCUCCGAUGACUUUAGAGACCCUUGCAGACCGUGUGAAUGUCACGGACACGGCGACACCUGUGACCCAGUAACGGGAGAGAAAUGUAACUGUGGCAACAACACAGAGAGUGACAUAUCUUGCCAGACGACCAGCUCCAGUAAGAACUCGGCGCAGGAGUGCUGGCGCUACCAGUGUGUCAAAUGUAAGGACCUCUACAUGGGCGACCCUAGGAACGGACACCAGUGUUACAAGACUAUCAAUAUAGAAAACAAACUUUGCUUUGAUGGAAAAUCAAUUGAUGAGUGCAAAAUUAAGCCACGCCCUCUGUACCCUGGUCAGACAGUUUUCGUGGCGGUCAAUCCGAGAUACAUGAACGUAGACAUACGAGUGAUAGUAGACGUGACGCAGGGUGCAGUGGACCUCUACCUCAGUCCAAACGACAGUUCGUUUGUAGUGUCAGUGAACUCUAGUAAUGGAGACCACUCGGUGGAGUUGGACCCCACGUAUCACAAACAUGAGCCGAGUCGACGAGUGCCGUCGUUCGAUGACCACGUGCCCGAGGAACCACGCGUCACCUGGUACUAUGAUAAAGUGGAGUACACUCUGGCAGACUACACAGCGAAGGACCUGGCGACAUACGUCACGGUGGACCGCAGGAAUAUCUUACUCCGCGUCAGAAACCUCCGCAACCGUCUUGUGCUCACUCUCCCCCAAAACGUGCACGAUCUCACACACACCAAGUUCUACAUCGUAGUCCGUGCCCGCCACACCGAAGACGGUGCCGCCAGCUUCGGAGUUAUCUUCUUCCGCCAAGACCAGCUGCACAUAGACCUGUUCGUGUUCUUCUCCGUGUUCUUUUCUUGCUUCUUCCUGUUCCUGGCCGCAUGCGUGGUGGCAUGGAAAGCUAAACAAGCUGCCGAUGUUCGCCGGGCGCGACGGAGACACGUUGUUGAGAUGCUGCACAUGGCAAAGCGACCAUUCGCUGCGGUGACGGUGGUACUAAGCGGUGGCGUGACGUCAGCAGGCCCCCGCCGUCGUCGGGCGCCUGACCUGCGACCCGUCGCUAUCGAGCCCACUGGCGAUGGCCGUGCCGCUGUCACAUCUGUUCUCGUGAAACUGCCUGGAGGGUCCCGUGUACCCGUGCGGUUAGCACUGGCGUCGUCCCUGGUGCUAGUAGCGCGAGCGCCUGCAGCCCGGCAGCGGCGCGCGCCGCCCCUGGCGCGACUGGCGGCGCACACCUAGCCCCCGCCGGCCCGGCACGCGGCAGCCCUGUCUCCGCCAGCCCGGCACGCGGAAGCCCUGCCCCCGCUGGCCCGGCAUGCGGCCGCCCUGCCCGUGCCCGCGCUGCCCGUGCCAGCCCUGCACAAUCAACACCACGCGCCCACUCUGUAAUUGAGACUCGACGAAGUCCAUGUAAGCACAAACAAAUAGUCUGCCUAAUGGGAGAGCUGAGCUUGCAGGUACAAACAAAAGCUCUUCUUUUAUUUCAGAAUAGAAUGCUCGUAUCCUUGGCCACGACUGACGUACGUCGUCGACGGCCAACGUAAUCUAAGUAAAUGUUCAACCUAUGUAAUUAGGGCGGGUGUAAUAGAUUUUAUUAAAAUUAUGUAUAUAUCGAUCGGUGGUGAGUGGUGCGAUUGGUCUCCACUUACACAAUCAUGUCGAGGAUCUGCUAUUUAUCUUCGCCAAUAUUGAAUCUCGUGACUGCCGUCUCGACGCGAGCGAGGAGCCAAAGGUAUCAAAAUUGAGCGCAUGUUAUGCGCGGGUUGUGAAUAGCCGAUAUUCGCUGAUCUGUUGUGUUGUUUAUCUCGAAAUUUUAUUAUGUGAUGUUGACGCCACAUUUUGUUAAUGAAAUGUUAUUGAAUGUCUAUUUUAUGAGUUAGCUUCAGAUCUUUAUUUACAAGUUUUAGUAGGUGAUUAAAAUAUUGCAGCUGAGUAUUUCUAAGGUACAUUAGAAAAAAUAUGUUCCUACGGAUAGAUGAAUCUCUUAGAUAAAAGAUGUUAUUAGUUAAUUAAAUUACAUAAUAUCUAUGGCAGUUAUUUUCUAAAUUGUGUUUAUUUUACUUUGAAAGACAUGAUUUUGCAUAAAUCUGAUUAUACAAUAAGUAUACUGUAUAGGUUUACGUUUGCCUGCAUUUGCUAUUCUUGUGAAACUGAAUUUAAACUUGCCAGAUAGUACUACGGUAAAUAUAAAACUGAGAUUAUGUUUAGUACGUAAGUACCUACACGAUUAAAAAGCCAAUGUUGUAUACUUGAAUGUUACAAACGCGAUAAAUUACGUAACUGCUGGUCAUGUCUCAUGUAGCUGUGUUUGUAUUAUUGUUGUUAUAAUUAUGCUUAGAGCACAAAAUAUAUCCAAUCCUAUAAUUUUAGGGAGGACCGACUAUUUAUAGCCAAUUGACAAAUAGUAGCAUAAAUAGUUAAAUAUAUUCGUAAAUACGUAAAUUUCCCUAUCCUUCAUUUGUAGCUAAAUUAAACAACAGUGGACUAUGUUCGUGUCCAGUGGUACACGGGUAACUGUCACGUGGUCAAGUUAUUACGUAAUUAACUUCAGUAACUAUGUAUGUAUGUAUGUUUAUUUAUUUAUUAUUGUAGACCACGGCAUAACAAGGUUCGUCUCGUUUUCGAUAUUUCAUAAAGGCAAGGUGUGCUGUGUACAUACUGUAAUUAUUUUGUGAAUAGCCAUUAUAAAAUGCUUGUACAGGCGUUACAGUAAUUAAUUCCGAUUAUUUAAUUGCUCAUUAGUAAAUCAGCAGUAUUGUGUAAAUGGAUUGAUCAAUUACUUGAUGUGUAAGUAGAAAUAUAUUAAAUAAUUAGUUUUAACUUUAAAAUAAUAAGAGAGUACUGAAUAUUGUUAUGGCUACAUUAUUAAGUUAUACAUAAUCAAAUGAAUUGUACUUGAUCAAAGGUAUAAACUGAGUCCAAAAUACAUUCCAUUUGUAUAACUUUGUACAUAAAAUAAUGUGUAAUAAUUGUGUAUUACCAAAUUUUAGAUCAGGUAUCAAAGAGCUUUAAGGAUAUUUAUACUAAGAAAAUUUAUUGCUCAUAAUCUUCAAUUAGAUGUUUCUUCACAUUAAAUGCAUUUAUAUAUCGUUUCCCUCUCGAGCUGUAUACAUUUAUUUAGAACUGAAGGGGUUUCUUUAUAAAGUCCGUAGUUUACACUUACACCUAAGUUGUGUGAAUGUUUGUUGAUUAGAAUGCAUUUGUGGCAUGCUAUAUGGUGAUGGAAAUAGUGCAUUAAAAAUAUAAUGAUUGUCUAUGCUAUUACAUUCGUAGUAUUAAUUGAAAUGUAAAACAAAGCUAGCAUGGCUAGUUCAAAAGGAGUGUCUAUUUCAGUAGAUGAAAUACAUUACUGUAUUUACCUAAUUUCGUCCUUUUUUGUGCUCAAUGUUAUAAACCCUAUUGAAACUAUUUCUUAUAAUAUGAUUGCCAAAAUGACAAAAGGUAUUAUCGUUGUAAUAAUAAAAUACAAGUACAUUAGCACUUGAAACUAGUAAUUUGCUCUCACAGUAACAGUGUUGUCCAACUCUCAAUAAUGUUUGUAGUGUCUAUUCUUAACUGAAUUUUAUUAUAGGUAUUGGGAUUACCUUUAGAAAAAUAAGCAUAAUUUUAUUUGCUCAAAAUAUUUUUAUAUUGAACUAUGACAGCUCUGUAAUGCAUUUGUGUAAUUUGUAUAUCUUUGUUCAGUUGUUUUUGGUUUCCCUUACUGAUGAACAUGUUUAGCUAAGUUAAAGCCAUACUUGCUUCUCUUCAGGUGUGAUAUUAUUUUAAGAGUUUACUUUGUAAAACAAUGCCCAAUAUAAAAUGUAUUUAUUGUAGUAAGCCAUGUUUUUAUAUAGUUUUGUGUAUAUAUUUGGUACAUAUGAUUUUAAGCAUAUAUGUUUGUUUAGAAAGUGUAUCUGGGCAGCAUUAUUUUAUAUUAAAAGAAUAUCAAAAGAUGGUCUCUAAAAUAAGAUCUUGAAUUACAUAACUGUUGUAAUAAAAUGUCCAUGACAAGAUUUUCAAGGCAAUUU